AUGGCGCUGUCUGAGGUCUUCGCUCCGGCAGAUAAGAAAGCUGAAGAUGCGAAGGACAAAGACAAGGAGAGCAAGCGGAAGGCUGCAGCUGCCAAGUCGAAGAGAGACCACGAGGAGUUGGUGCAAGGCGAGGGAUUGGGAGAUAUCCUUCAAAAGGAGGAGGGGAAGGGCAGCGCAUCAGACUGGAUCGCCAGGACAAGAGGCGCGGAUGGAAGUAUGAAGGGAGCGACUGCCAAGAAAGACGAUGGCAAGAAGAGGAAGGAGGCUCCUGGCGGAGAUGCGUCUGUUCCAAAGAUGAAAGUACGACAUGACUCCGAAGCCUUAAAAGAGGGAGAGACCAUGGUGAUGACUCUCAGCGACCAGCGGUUGAUUGACAAGGAUGGCAACCUGGUCGAAACGCAGGACGAGCUGUCCAAUGUCAAUCUGCUCGAUUCCGACAAAGCGAAGAAGAACGAAGCCAUUAGGUCUCAGGUGGAGUACGAUCCCACCAAGCAGGGGGCGGACAUCCUCGACAAGUACGACGAUCCGUCGGUCGCACCGAGCGGCUUCAUGAUCGGUGGUGUGCCCACCGGAGUCAUUGAAGAGAGGGAUCCGGAGAAGAGGCUGCAGAUCCUGACAGCAAUGAGCGAGAAUCAGACCCUGGACUUUGGGAACAAGUUUCAGUCGGACUUCUACACAUCAGAAGAGAUGUCCAAGUUCAAGAAGCCAACCAAGAAACCUGCGAAGAAGAAGAGCAGAGCAAAGGUGAUCUGUGGCCUCCAUCACACGGAGCUGUGCCUCGUGAUGCCCAAGGCAACUUGGACAACUCAGGACUUGAUGGAGGCCAUCAGCCUUGAGACCGCCGUCCCAGGGGAUCACUUCCGCCUGGUUUGGGCUGGGAGGGCGCUGGGUGCCGGACCGCUGCCAGCGGCGUUUCGCAAGAAGAGCGAUCUUCCGCUCAAACUGACCAUGGUCAGGGUUCAGCCUGCCUGGGCAAUGGCUUUGGAUCGGGUCUUAGCGGGCUUGAUUCCAGGCUCCGACUUUGACGCGAUUUGCGACGGACGCGUGCUGCAACAACUAGGAGAAGUCCGAGACUGCCUGCGACAAAACCGCGAGCUGGCGCUUGCGGCUGUGCAGCACUCCGGAAGCAUGCUGAUGCACUGCAGCGAAGAAUUGCUGCGCGACAAGGAGCUGGUGCUGGCAGCACUCCACGAAUGUGGAACAGCGCUGCGCUUUGUCCCUCUGCCGCUGCGCAGAGAUCACGAGGUCGUGCGCGCCGCCCUACAAAACGAUGGCGAAGCUUUGGUGCACGCGCCUGCCGAGUUGCAGGCGAACAAGGAGAUUGUAGCAGAGGCAGUAGCCCAAGCUGCGGAGGCUCUUCGGCAUGCCUCUCCACUCCUAAAGCAGGACAGAUCGUUUGUGCUGGAGGCAGUCAGAAGGCGUGCGAAGGCCUUCCUUCACGUGGCGGCAACUCUUCGAAAUGACAAGGCUUUCGUCAUCUCUGCUGUGCGAGCCAACGGCGACGUCUUGACUUACGUUCCGCAGGUUCUUCGGACCGACAAAGACGUCUGCAUGGCGGCUAAGGCGUUUUGGGCUGGCGAAGGAGAUGCACCAGUGCACGACGACGGCCUGCUGCGCAAGGGUCUGCUGUGGGAGCCCAGCGAGCAUGUGAAGAGGGCCGCACAGAUCCUCGAAGGUUCCCCAGCAUUGCACAGCCAAGAGAUCGGCUCCAAAACGUAA